AAUGGUGGCGAUCAUGGCAAGUUAGAAGUUUUCUGACUCCUCUCGGAGGAGACUCCGGGACCCCGGGGAGUAACAGGUGUCUGGAGGCUGAAGGGUGGAGGGGCCGCCGGACUCCGGGGUCACUCGUGAAACUCCCCUCCACCCUCCUCUGGCGCACCCGCCCACCCCCGCACCCCCUUCUUUCUGCGUCCUUGGAAAAUGGUGUCCAAGCUCACGUCGCUACAGCAAGAACUCCUGAGCGCCCUACUGAGCUCCGGGGUCACCAAGGAAGUGCUGGUGCAGGCCCUGGAGGAGCUGCUGCCGUCCCCGAACUUCGGGGUGAAGCUGGAAUCGCUGCCCCUGUCCCCCGGGAGCGGGCCAGAGCCCGACACCAAGCCGGUCUUCCACACGCUCACCAACGGCCACGCCAAGGGCCGCCUGUCCGGGGACGAGGGCUCGGAGGACGGCGACGACUAUGACACCCCUCCCAUCCUCAAGGAGCUGCAGGCGCUCAACACCGAGGAGGCGGCCGAGCAGCGGGCCGAGGUGGACCGGAUGCUCAGUGAGGACCCUUGGAGGGCCGCCAAAAUGAUCAAGGGCUACAUGCAGCAACACAACAUCCCCCAGAGGGAGGUGGUGGACGUCACGGGCCUGAACCAGUCCCAUCUCUCCCAGCAUCUCAACAAGGGCACCCCGAUGAAGACCCAGAAGCGCGCGGCCCUGUACACCUGGUACGUCAGAAAGCAGCGGGAGAUCCUGCGACAGUUCAACCAGACAGUGCAGAGUUCUGGAAAUCUCACAGACAAAAGCAGUCAGGAUCAGCUGCUGUUUCUCUUUCCAGAGUUCAGUCAGCAGAGCCAGGGCCCCGGGCAGUCCGAUGACGCCUGCUCCGAGCCCACCAAUAAGAAGAUGCGUCGCAACCGCUUCAAGUGGGGGCCCGCGUCCCAGCAAAUCUUGUACCAGGCCUACGACCGGCAAAAGAACCCCAGCAAGGAGGAGAGGGAGGCCCUAGUGGAGGAGUGCAACAGGGCCGAGUGCUUGCAGCGAGGCGUGUCCCCGUCCAAGGCCCACGGCCUGGGCUCCAACUUGGUCACAGAGGUUCGUGUCUACAACUGGUUUGCAAACCGCAGGAAGGAGGAGGCCUUCCGGCAAAAACUGGCCAUGGACGCCUAUAGUUCCAACCAGACGCACAGCCUGAACCCCCUGCUGGCUCACAGCUCCCCCCACCACCAGCCCAGCGCCUCUCCUCCAAACAAGCUGUCAGGAGUGCGCUACAGCCAGCAAGGAAACAAUGAGGUCACUUCCUCCUCAACCAUCAGUCACCAUGGCAACAGCGCCAUGGUGACCAGCCAGGCGGUUUUACAGCAAGUCUCCCCAGCCAGCCUGGACCCAGGCCACAAUCUCCUCUCACCUGAUGGUAAAAUGCAGAUCUCAGUCUCCGGAGGAGGUUUGCCCCCCGUCAGCACCUUGACAAACAUCCACAGCCUCUCCCACCAUAACCCCCAGCAGUCUCAGAACCUCAUCAUGACCCCCCUCUCUGGAGUCAUGGCCAUUGCACAAAGCCUCAACUCGUCCCAAGCCCAGAGCGUCCCCGUCAUCAACAGUGUGGCCGGCAGCCUGGCAGCCUUGCAGCCCGUGCAGUUCUCCCAGCAGCUGCACAGCCCCCACCAGCAGCCCCUCAUGCAGCAGAGCCCCGGCAGCCACAUGGCCCAGCAGCCCUUCAUGGCUGCUGUGACCCAGCUACAGAACUCGCACAUGUACACACACAAGCAGGAACCCCCCCAGUAUUCCCAUACUUCCCGGUUUCCGUCGGCCAUGGUGGUCUCAGACACCAGCAGCAUCAGUACGCUCACCAACAUGUCUUCCAGCAAACAGUGUCCCCUGCAAGCCUGGUGAUGCCCACACAUCACUCACUUUGUGCCCAGCAACAAGGACCCUGUUUUCCACACUGUCACCCUCCGGGCAGCUGUCAUGGAGAAGCCCAGUGACCUGCCCAGCACGUGGGAGAGGUCCCUGCGCCUACACGACGUCCUGCGCACGCUCAGGAGGCGCCGGCUGAAGCCCAGCUUCCUUUCUGUGCAGUAUUGUCCUGAUGCCUCUCCCGGGAUGUCCAGUCCUCCUGUGUGACCUGGAGGCGGGAGACAGAGGAAGAGAGAAAGCUGUCACGUCCACCCUGGGAUCCUUCAUCGAACAAACCGAUGGGAAAACUUGAAUCUGUUACUGAGGCGAGGAGAGGGGGACGCCCGCUGUUGAACUGAGCCAGACACACUGUAAAUAUCCACAGACUCCCUCCCCUGCUCCGUCCCAGAUGAUCUCGAGAUUUCUUUUAAAGAAGUAAAUUUGUCCAAUGGGUAUAAACUGUAAACUACUGUAAUUAAGUGCAAUUUCCCUCUGUGUCGCUCCCCUCUGCCCUGUAUAUAAUACUAAAGCGUCUACGUGUUUUCUGUGUAAAGGUCAGAGUUGAAAUUUCCAAAGUGACUGUCCCCUCCCCCCAGAGAAACACCUGAAGCAGAAAGCGAAGCCCCUCUCCCCCACCUCAGCCCUGCACACACAGAAGCGCGGCGUCUCUGGACUGACUGCCGCCUAACUCCAGUCUGCUAAUGGGAGGACUUGCACGCCCAGGUCCCUGGAGGGACUGAGCGUGGGGUCAGAGUACUGUCCUCGCUUCCUGUGGGGCUGGGGGCUCAGCCAGUGCACCCCCAACAAACCUCAGGGAGGGGAAAUUGGCGGGCUGAGAGCAAAAAAAAAAAAAUUUAGCAUCUCAGAAAGCAGCCCAUUAAAGCGAUUUAUUUUAUCACUA